UAGAAAGGAGAAUAAAAAAAGAGAAGCUAUGUCGGAAGAGUUCACGGCAGAACAGAUAGCCCAGUUCAAGGAAAUCUUUAACUUGUAUGGUGAUGAUGGGCGUAUUACCACAAAUGAGAUUGGUACCGUGUUGCGUGCCCUCGGUAAGAAAGCGACCGAAGCUGAACUUCAGGACAUGAUCAACGAAGUGGGUUCAGAUGGUAACGAUACCCUUGACUUCACCAGGUUCUUGAACCUAAUGACUGCUAGGAAUAUGAAGCUCAGCGACUUUGAGAGAGGAUUCAAGGAUGCAUUCGAACACGACGAUCAGCCUGAAGGUAAAAUAUUGUGUCGGGAGUUGCUACAGCCGAUGAUUAUAUUAGAAGAGGCUGGUAUGCUUAAGGAAGGAGAUGUUGAUGGUGGUGGGCUGGUCAACGAAGACGAGUUUAUGAAACGUCUGGACAAAGCCUUUAAUGAAGGUAAAUCGGCUGAUGAGUGAUGGCUCCACACUUUUGGCUGAGCAGAUAUGUUGAUGGUGAUGGUCACUGAUACGGGAAAAUGGUGUGAAUUUCCUUAUGUUAUAUCUCUUUCAACCAGUAUAAUUUAUUUCAAUAAUCCUCGCUAUCUUUUGAAUUCUUUUUAUGUACGUGUUACUUUCCGAGAGGAGAAUAAAUCAAGAUUUUCAGUACA